AAGAAUGUAACUCCAGGCAAACAAAGCUCUUCAAAGAAGAGACACCAGUUUCCAAACAUCUGGCUGUUGAAAUACUCGUGGUUAAAAUAUGACAGUGACAAAGGCAUUAUGUACUGUGCUCUGUGUCGGAAACAUAAUGUAGACUUAGGGGAGAAGACACACAAUUUUUGCUCUGGGACUGAUGAUUUUAUUCUUGAAUUAGUUGAUGACCAUCAUAACAGUGAAGCUCAUGCAUGGGCUUCCUGUAUGGAAACAGCUAGUAGUUCUACCACAGACUCAGAUACCACUCAGCAUAUGUUAAAGAACGUAAGUAAAACAACCUUGGGGAAAAUCGAAAACCUCUUUAGAACAUGCCAUGCCAUUGCCAAAACUGGACGCCCCUUCACAGACCUGGACUGGAUAAGUAAACUGGAUGAUACGAAGGGGGUGGACAUUGGUUCCAUUUUCAGAAAUGACAAAGCAGCAAGAAUCUUUAUUCAUUUUAUCGCUGAAGUGGAAAGAAGAGCCUUGAAAGAGAAAUUAGAAAAAUGCAAGUUCUUCUCCCUUAUUAGCGAUGGUAUUACGGACAGUAGAACAACAGAAGCAGCCCUUGUAUAUAUACAGUUUGCACAUCAAGGGAAAAUCCACUGCCAGAUUGUUGGAAUUCAGUCCAUGGACAUGUAUGAUGCUUUGACAGUGAAAAAUGCCAUUUUAAAAACUCUACAAACCAAUCUGAAAGUCAAUUUGCCAACCCAUGACUGGGCAAAAAAACUGGUUGGCUUUGGCAGUGAUGGUAGAGAUGUUAUGGUAGGAGAAAAUGGAGUAGCUAAACUAUUGAAGGACAUCCAGCCAUGUAUUCAAAGCAUUCAUUGUCUUGUUCACCGUCUUGAAAUGGCCUACAAGAUGGCACUGAAGAACACUCCACUAUUCAAUAUACUUAUGGAUGUAUUAAAAAACUUGUACUAUUUUUAUCACAACUCUCCAAUGAAUAAGAACAACUUUAAGCUAAUUUGUGAUGCCCAUAAAAUGACACCAGUGGUUCCUUCUCGAAUUGGUGGCUCUCAAUGGUUUCUUCGCUUACAGACAGCUCUUCAGAUCCUUCUGAAAGGUUACCCAGCAAUUAUUCUACACCUGAGUAAGGUGGGAGAAGAAUCAGACUCCUCAAAUCAACAGAAAGCCAAAGAGCUCUUGAAGUUUCUUCUAAAAACAGACAUAGUUAAAUUUUCUCACUUCUUAUUAGAUGUCAUUAAUGUCCUCAACAUUCUGUCUCGUGUUGCCCACAAUCCAAACACUUCCAUUGCAGACGUGUUUGCUACGAUUCAGUCAACAUUGGAAAUACUCGAAAUGUAUCAAAAAAGAUCAGGGCCACGAGAACGUCUGGUAGAGACAAUCACAUAUUUUCAUGGCUACCCUCUUGUGGGAGAUGGAAAUAUUUCAGCAACCCGAUUAGAAUUAUUAAGCAGUCUCUUGAACCAGCUGCGAGAUUGUUUUUGUGAUGCUAGUGAAGAUGUUUUGAUGGCAAGCGCCAUUGGAAGCUUUAAACUAUGGCCAGACAAAUUCAAACAAGAAUUUGGUGAGACGGAAAUAUCUCUACUGAUUCAGCAUUAUGAGCCUGUCCUAGAAUGGGCCAAAGUGAAAGUGGAUGAAAUUGAAACGGAAUGGAAUAUGCUAAAAGCAGAGCUAUAUAAUAGAUAUGAAAACAUCCGGAGCUUAACAUGGGAUUUGGUAAACAGAGAUUUUUUUCAUAAAUAUCCAAACAUUUUGGCCCUUAUUGAUCUUCUCUUGACACUGCCAGCAAGUUCCAGUGAAGCAGCACGAGGCUUUGGUCAAAUGAAACUGACAAUGAUGAGGCUGCGUUCAAAACUCAUGUUUGAGAGUUUAAUACCAAGUAAAACAUUCACAGAUAUUUUGUAUGAUUUGAUCACUCUGAAUCUUGGGUCCAAUACACUUCCUGAUGCCUGGCUACAUCUCUCCAUGUAUGAUUUGCAGAGCCUAUCAUUAUUCCUACUUGUGAAUUUGGACACAGUGGACUGGCGCAGAUUCUUACAUGCAGCUUCCCAGCCUUGGCCUAUUCCCUCUGUAACAGAACUGCUUGAAACAUUACAGAGAUUUCAGGAUGUGGAUAUCGAAGGAUCUGGAUUUGUCACCCAGGAACAAUAUGAUCAGGUUGGUCUGUGGUUUAAAGGCAGGGAAGAUUUAGCCAUUCCAGAAAGUCCUAUAGAGCCUUUACCAUUUAACCGUCAGAAGCAUCUCAUAGAAUUUUUGUUCACUUUAUUUGCUGAUCCUGAAAAAGACCCUCCUCAACUGAACUACACUAAGAUGCUGCUCUACUUUGCCUCUUACCCUGAUGCUGUAGAUGGUGUCUAUCGAGCCCUUAGUGUUGCAACGGGGAUAUAUAUUCAAAGGAAGAGGGCGAAACACUUUUCUAUUCCUCAAAUGUAUAUAACAUCUGCUGAGCAGCUCAUAACCACUGCUGCUCAUGAUGAACAGGCAGAGGAGGAGGCUGGUGAAGAAGGGGAAGAAGAAGAGGAGGAAGAGAAAGAAGAGAAGGAGAAAGAAGAGGAUGCCCUGUCCAUCGGCAAAGACGGAUACAUCUCUCUGGCUACACUUCUCCAUGUAUUCCAGUAUGAAACAAACAAAGCUUUUGACAACCACAGAUUUAGUAGUCAGCUGACAGAAGAGGACAAUUAUGAGCAUUUUAUUAAGGUAUACAAGGAUCUUGGCUCUGAAGAGCUGCAGCCCAUCAAAAUUGAACUCCUUUUGAAGCACCCCUUCAUUCAAGACUUAAUUAAUAACUAUCAGGGGUACAAACUUCCUGAUUUUAAAAUGAUUCUGCAGCGAGCAGCCCAAAUUCAACCAUUUAAUGGAGAUAACAUCACAUUAUAAAGAAGUUAAAAUUAGGGCGGGGGAAGGAAGUCUGCAACUGUUUUUUCAGCACCACAGAAGUAUUUCCCAAAUGGCCUAGAUGUUGGGUUAAUUCUUACUCACUUGUAGAGUUGUGUCUUUUAAUUAGAACAAAAAUGGGUUUGUGUGCAUUCUCUUUUAAAUAAACAUGGAUUUAAUUGAA